AUGGAUCCGUCUGAAGUCGCCGAUGACGCUUCGUUCAAAGAGUACGACUCUUUGAUCGCUGGUGCAGGCUUCGGUGGUGUAUACCAGCUUAAGAUUCUCCGAGAUGCUGGCUACAGUGUCAAGCUUGUGGAACAAGGAUCAGAUUACGGAGGCAUUUGUGCUGUUCCCAGCUAUGAAAUCUCUGAUCCAGCAUUAUGGAAAGAAUGGACAUGGAAGCAACGUUUUCCAGGCAGCGAGGAGCUCCGCGACUAUUUCCAAAACGUGGCCAAGGUAUGGGACCUGAGGAAGGACACGGAGUUCAAUAACUUUGUGUCGUCAGCGGCUUGGGGUGACGAUGAUGCGAAAUGGGCUCUGAAGACUAAUACCGGGAUGACUUACAAAGUGAAGUUCCUACUGCUGAACACGGGUUUUGCAGCGAAGCGGUAUAUUCCCAACUGGAAAGGAAUAAAGUCUUUCAAAGGAACCUUCUUACACCCAUCGAAUUGGCCUCAUGAAGAGCCUGACUUCCGAGCCAAGAAGGUGGCUGUUAUCGGCACUGGAUCAACUGGCAUUCAAUUGGCUCAAGAGCUAAGCAAGGUUGCGGGCCAUCUUACUGGCUUUUCAGGUUUCUCUUUUAAUUUUCUUCCACGCUCAACCUUUGAUGAUACUCCAGAACAACGACUAAAAACAUAUGAAGAAUUAUGGAAACAAGAAGACUUCAAGUUCUGGCUUGCGAAAUACAACGACAUGCUUUUCACUCAAGAAGCUAAUCGUGAAGCAUACAACUUCUGGCGGGACAAGACACGAGCUAGGAUCAAAGAACCUAAGGUUGCGGACAUUCUUGCACCGAUGGAACAACCUUACGCCUUUGGAUGUAAACGCAUCUCGCUGGAGAAUGACUACAUUAAGAUGUACGAAAAACCGAACGUCUCUUUGGUUGACAUCCGUGACAAGGGUACACCGAUCCAGGAAAUUACUGAGACCAGAAUUAAAACCAUUGAUAAUGAGUACGAGUUUGACUACAUCAUCAGCACGACGGGAUACGAGGUAACCACAGGAGGUUUGAAACAGAUCGACAUCCGCAGCUCGUUGGGCGAAAGUUUGAGUGAACACUGGAAAGACGACACAAAGACGUAUCUCGGCAUGGCAGUGGCAGGCUUCCCUAAUAUGUUUUUCACAUACGGCCCGCAAGCCCCAACUACCUUGUGCAAUGAACCAACGUGGAAGACCAGGGAGUCAUUGAUCUAUCUUGGUAGAGUGCCGAAUUAUUACCAUAUUAUCUACGAAACGGAAGCGAGCGUGUAUGUUGAUUUCGAUAUGUCGUAA